AUCUUCUUCCAGAGAGAGAGGUGAGUUAACGCGAAGGUUAUUUUACAUGAGGGAGGAACUGUUUUGGACCAAAACACUGCCGUGAGAAUAGCCGCAAAGCGAAGAACCGGCGUUUGUUUCACAGCUGUAAGGAGCUUAUUCUUCUUCCAAACAGUACAGGAGAGGUGAAGCAUCAUGGGGAAACACAACAGCAAGCUGGCUCCAGAGGUCCUGGAUGACCUGACCAAGAACACGGAAUUCAACGAGGCGGAGCUCAAGCAGUGGUACAAAGGCUUCCUCAAAGAUUGUCCCUCCGGCAUCCUCAACCUAGACGAGUUUCAGCAGCUCUAUGUUAAGUUUUUCCCAUAUGGUGACGCCUCCAAGUUCGCCCAGCAUGCGUUUCGGACAUUUGACAAGAACGGCGACGGGACCAUCGACUUCAGGGAGUUCAUCUGCGCCCUGUCCAUCACCUCCAGGGGCAGCUUCGAGCAGAAACUCAACUGGGCCUUCAAUAUGUACGACCUGGACGGAGAUGGAAAGAUCACACGCAUGGAGAUGCUGGAGAUCAUCGAGGCCAUCUACAAGAUGGUGGGCACGGUGAUCAUGAUGCGUAUGAACGAGGACGGGCUGACCCCGCAGCAGCGCGUGGACAAGAUCUUCUCCAAGAUGGACAAGGACCACAAUGAUGAGAUCACCCUGGAAGAGUUCAAAGAGGCGGCCAAGUCCGACCCCUCCAUCGUCCUACUGCUGCAGUGUGACAUGCAGAAGUAGAGAGAGAGGGAUGGGUGGAGAAACAGAGGGAGGGAGGGGAGGGAUGGGGGAAGAGUUGAACUGAAACAAGAGAAGGAAGGAGGAUGGGAGAACAGAUGGGCUGGGGAGGAGAGGGAGGGAUGCAGUUUGGGGAGGAGAAGGAAAUAGGGAAGCUUUUCUCCCUUUUUUUUUUUUUUGAGGCAGUGAUGACGGGGAAUGAGCUAUGUUUGGAACACAGUGGAAUCUCUGAUUGAUGCCAUUCUUUUCUUUCAGACCGUCCCGCUGUGCAGUACACUCCUGCAGCACUCUUGCUUCAGUCUAGCUGGGUGUCUUUACAAAUCCAAUCUGAUGAUGUGUGAAUUCCUGCAGCUCAUUUGGCACAGACCUGAGAAAUAUGGGAUUUACAAAAGGAGAUAUGUAUAAGUGACACAGCCAGGCUCUGUGCCUAGCGUGUGAGAUUACAAGACUGCAGGGUGACUUAACUACAAAGGUCUGCUGUCUUUAUGUAACACUUGCACAUUGUAUAAUUGCAAAGCAGGUUGCUUCCAACUGAUGUAAGUUAACACAGAUUUCAGUGGCCAUGAAGAAAAUAUAUUAUAGUCCCCAAUGACACUUCAAAGGAAUAGUUUUGGGAGAUAUGUGUAUGUGCUUUCUUUCUGAGAGGUAUAGAAAAAGAUUGAUACUCUGAUAAAUAUGAAACACUAGCACUCAUAUUUUGAGACAAAACACCGUAAAAAGUUAAAGAUACAUUUGACUUAAAGCAAUAUUUAUUUACUUUUUCAAAUUGUCUAUAGUGAUUGCAAAAAUAUCGUGAAUUCUUGGUGAUCUGAUAUUGUGACAGCCCUCGCUGGUUGCCUGGCAAACUCAUGGUUCAAGACUUGAGGAGGUCACUGCUCCCAACCAAGAAAUAGUCUGGCUCAUAACCUCUGAUAUAACUGCAACUUGUCAUAUUUUUACCUUUGGGCGGAGCUAACUGUUUCAACCUGUUUUCAGUCUUUAUGCUAAGCUAAGCUAAUGGUUCUCCUGGCUCCAGCUUCAUAUUCACUGUACAGAUAUGAGAGUGAUAUUGAUAUUCUCAUCUAACUCUUGUCAAGGUUUUAUAUUACUUUAGAGUAAAUUCUGUCACCCAGGAUGCUCAUUUCAAAACAAACCCACAGUGUUUAGUAGCGGUGCAUCAUGGGAUAGUUUGAAAAAAAGGAUGGCAUCAAACCAACAAAGGGCCUGUUGAAAUGAACAAUACCAUGACCUGUGUGUUAGUUUGUGUUAUGGUGUCCAUAUGUGUGUGUGAGUAUGAAUGUGAGAAUGUGUGUGUGUGUGUGUGUGUGUGGACAUUCUACAAACUAAAUACACUUCAUGAACCCAGAUCAAAUGUCCCCCACCCCUUGCGUGUGUGUGCAGUUGCAUUCAUUAGUUCCCCAACAGCCGCAACCACAACCAGUUAAAGCACUUAAAGAAGAAUUUCCGAUAGAUUACAGCACGCUGUCCGCACGCGUCUCGCUCUGAGAGCGAGGCAGGCAGUGAUGAAUGUCUCAGACGGCUGCCUCCAGCAGCAUGGUGAAGCAUGCUGAUGUGCUGCUUAGUGACUUCUGGCUGCCCCGAGAGCUUUUCCACACAUGCUGACAAAAUCAAUGUCUCAUCAAAAUAAUUACAUGUGUUUUAUUAAAAGGACAUGCAAUUAAGUUACAUAGGCAUGGCAAGGAAUAAUGUAAUGUGGGCUUUCUCUAGCAAGUGGACAUGUUCUCUGCGUGGCUCUCUUUGUGAUUACUUUAGGUUUAUUUGAAUGCCAGCUUCAGUUUCAGUGGGAGGGGCUACAGGAAGUGUUAAAAUUGACAUUAAUAAUAGUAUAUAAUAAGAAUAAUAAUAAUAAUUAUUAUUAUUAGGAGAAGAAGAAGAAGAAUGGCAAGAAAUCACUUCAUCAGCCUUACAUAAUUAAGGCCACCCUUUGUAGAAUUUAUGUUUAUAGUCCAAAUUCGUUUUUGUCUUUUUUUGUGUGGAGACAAGUUGAUCCUUUUUAAAUACUACACAUUGUGGUUUUAAAGCCCAUUUAAUGGCAGAUUUUGUGCUUUCAUUAGAUAGCGACAGGUGAAGAGGCCGACAGGAAACUUAUGCCAGGGAGACAAGCAACAAGGGAAUCGAACCAGUGAUCGCUGCGACCAUGUGGCCCACGCUGUUACCACUCAGAUACCAAAAUUAUUAGUUUAACAUUAACAUUCAAAAUCCUAGCUAAUGAGCUUCAUCGGGACUGCGAGUUUGUACUGCCAUACAAAUGUUGCUCAUCUGUGAUUGGUGGACAGAAAUUAAUGACAUCGGCAUUUUCCUCCAGAGACCCGCCCCUUUUUAAAGCACUGAGAAGAGCACAGUGAAAACAGCAUGGACAGAAAACUAAAAUUAAAUAACCAAAUCCUUUUUAACUUUGACAAAAAAUAUUUAAAGCAUGAAGCUGACUAACAGUAAAAUGUGUUGAUUGACUUCAGCGUAUAAGAGACCUAUCUAAUUAAUGAUUAUUUUAAAACAAUGCAAUAACUCAUUCUUAUGAGUUAUUGCAUUGUGUCAUUAUUCGCAAUUAUUGGAGUAAGUUCAUUAGUUGUAACAGAGCUAAUUAACAAGCUAAUUUAUUAAGAAAUUGCUGUUUCUAUUCCUGGUAUUAUUUAAUUUGGCUGAAUUUUGAAAGAGACUUUAACUAAGUCACAACGUGGCUAAAUUAUUAUGUAUAAAACAUCUGCUUUGUGUUCUCUAUUGUAAAGUAAAACAAUUAGUUUGGGCAACAUUGGACUAACUUAACAGUGUGACACAGUAUAUGUGAUUAAACAGAAGCAGAAACAGGGAAAUAUGCAGAAUAAUAUGAAACAUGAUCUCGCUUCACUAAAAAAGACCCACAAUUUGAGCCAGAGAACGAGCCGGGAGAACAGCGCGGAGCGGGGAUAAUCAGGGCAGUAAUUACAGGCCGUAUGACACAAACGGUAUUUCUCUGAAAGGCCAAACCUGCCUCCAUGAUUCAUUGUUGUUUCACAUGAAAAGCUGAAAUAGCCAUCUCUCCUCUUCCUCUCCCACUGUCCCGCUCUCCCACCCUUUUGUCUUCUUCCUCCCUAAAUGUCAGAGAGGAAGCGCUUUGAUAAUAGGUGGAGGGAGAGGAACUUUGCUGAACUCAGCUCAGAUCUAAAAUCAAUUCGAAAACGAGUAAAAGGUUGAAGAGGAAGCCUGGGUGGGGUGCGCGUGUACUCAUCUGCUUGUGAAUGUGAACGGUAGUGGAUAACUGCACAGUUCACGCCAGUCAGUAAUUCCCAGCUUGUAGCUUAUGAUCACAACAUCGAUGUAUUCCAUUGGAUCAGCGGGCGGACUUGAGCUGGAGGUAUUUGCUACAUGUCUACAAGCAGGCAGAGGCAUUUAUGCUCAGCACGUUGUUGUUGGUGCAGUAUCCACCAAACAUUGCAUUGUGUGGUGUAAUUACUGACACUUACCUUCAAAUCGAAAUUGUUCAUUUCAAUUCAGAGUCCUUUGGCCGUCCCUGUGGUCUCUCAGGAGGGGUCGUAGGGGUGUAGAAGUAAACCUGCUCGGUCAGUCGGCGUCCAUGCGCCUGUGACACUGUGGCACUUCAGUCUCUGUAACCAGGAGGCAUUCUGAGAAUUCUGAUUUAAUACUUCUUCUACUAAAAGUAUAAGAGUAUGACGUCCCGUAGUGAUUCAGUAAGGGACAGUGCAUUUUAUUUUUCAAUACUGGACCAUCCUGUUAAUUAUGGAUAGUUAGAUGAUACCACUGUCGCAUCUGUCCAUUAAAUAUGAAGUUACAGCCAGUUAGUUUAACACACAGAUUAAAAUCAGGCAGGCAGAUUUAGAAAGCUAAGCUAACUGCGCCCUGGCUAUAGAUAUCUAUAGGCAUAUUUGGCAUACAACCUUGAGAGAGUUAUCAAUCUUCAUAACCUAACUCUCAGCAUAUUUACCAAAAUGUCUAUUAUUAUGUCUUUUAGUCAUAGUGACGAACCCCCUUAACAGUCCUGCAUUAGGAACUCGGACUCAUUGAGGCAGAUCAUUGCAUUUUUCCUUGUGAACAAUUCAAAAAUGUCAGACUUUCUGACGUCUCUGCAUUGCAGCAAAAACAUUUGACUUCUCUCCUAUCAGCAAAUCAGAUUCAUCUCCUCCUUCUCACCCAGCCAAUGAGCUCGCUCCCUCCCUACAGCCGAAGAACGAGCCUCCAUUGUGUGAUAAUGUAAUGAUAAACCUACAUGUACAUUAUGAUACGACUGUAAUCGUAUUUAUGAAUAUAAACUAAUAUAAUAUGUAAAUGUACCACUAGCUUAGACCUAAUUUCAUAUGAUGACACAGCUACUGUCUGUGUGAAUGUGUGUGUGUGUGUGUGUGUGUGUGUGUGUGUGUGUGUGUGUGUGUGAGAGAGUGACAGAGUGAGCCUGAGUACUAACUGUGAGUGCUUGUGAAAGCUGUGUGUGUGCUGUAUGUCGGGACACUUUUGCAAGUGUUCACAUGUGUUUUGUAUUUGUAUCAUUUGUGUAACAAAAAGAUGCCUCAGUCUAGUUAAACUUUGUAAAAAAUGGAGUGUAAGUCCUCACACUGAAGCACUGAGUAUUAUUACCCAAACCUACACUUGCUUUUGUGGUCCGCUGGUAUACGGUAUGUACUGUCUCCAAUAUGGGACGUGUCGUUUCGUUUGCUGUAGCCUACUGUUGCAGUUCUACAAAUAAUACCCACAUAUAGACGUUAUGUUUCACCAAAUGGCUUUGAGGGGUCAGUAGCCAGCAGGGUGGGCGGAGGGGGGGCUUUCUGAAAUGGAGGUUGUUGAGAAGUUGUUGCCAGAAGCAGCCUGAGGUGUGAGGAGAGAGGUGUCCGUGAUAAAUAAAAAAAAAAACCCCAACCCUGUCCUGUGUCACAGUGUCACCCAGUGGAUGGAGGUAUAAUGUCACACCUCACAACAACUCAACUACUGUACAGCUCCCCUUUGUUUAUUAUGUAAUGAACAUGCCUCGAGAUCAUCAAGUUAGAUGAUGCAAACAACUUGAUUAGUCAUUGUUCAGUCUUACAGUCUUGUGUUUCUGAAAAGAAGUGCAGCAAUCUGAACGUGGAGUGAGAUCAUUUUACUUUUUUCCAAGGUAAAUUUGAUUAUGUUCAUUUAAACAGAGACCAACAUAAGUAAAACAAACUGAUGAAGAGGCUGAGCCUUUCUUAUGAUCUUAUUUAUCUUAUUUCUUAUGAAAUGGGGGUGUCUUAAGAAAAGAUGCAUGGAAGUAAAAAAUAACUUACAUUUGUGGCCGGGAUCAGAAAGAUGAGUGCAAAUGAAUGCUCUGCUUGAUGUGUAAAUAGACAGUUCUCUGCUACUGUAACACAAUCACCAUAACAGCUUUAUAAGACAAUGACAAUGUUUGUUUUUAACAAACCCCAAGUGGCAAAAAAAAAAAAAAAAAAACUAACGCAGCUUUAAAGCCCCCUAUAUAGUAUGUUGGAUUUGAACAUUUCUUACUUUAGCUACUUCUAGAAUCACAAAUGACAGCAAGACACAAAUUUCUACUGGGAUGUCAGACAGCAUUGUUAUAUUUGAGGCAGAUAAUCCCUGAAAAAAAUCAGGUCCCUCUGGCUCCUCCUACUGCUCCUAAUGGCAUUUGCAAGAAUCCACAGCAAAAACAACCAAUCAGAGCUAAAAAAAGAUAUUAGGUAUUUGACAACUCAAAAAUCUAAAAUACGACAAAACUUUAUUUUUCUAAAAGUUAGCUACUGCAGCUUUAAUGCAAUUGUCUUUUUUUCCAAGUCACUCUACUAGCAGAUUUGUUUGCACGUAUUUUAAGAAAAACAAAGAUGUGAGAUUAAGGUCGACAGUAGCAGAAUGAAGGUCUUGCAAAUUGUUUGCAGUGUGCAAAUGGUCGCCCAUACAGCCCCAUGUGUUUUGCCGCCUCUUGUUUUGACUCACUAUAUCAUUGUCGCAGACUCGGUUAAUCAUCCUGUUCUACGCUGAGCGCUAUGCGGUAAAAACAGUUGAUUAGAACAGAUUGGCUCACAAAGUGGCUUCACAAUGUGUUGAUCUCCGCACGCCUCCACUUAUUAGAUUCUGUCCAUCCUAAUUAGCGCUGGUUCAGAGCAAGAGAGAGAGAGCCACUUACCUCCCCCGAGAUUGUAGACACAAUAAAUGUUUUGUUUUUGGUUUUGUUGUUUGCUUUCUCACCUUUUCAUGCAGUGUCCAAUUCAAAACUACACAGACAAAAAAAUCAGCAUUCACUCUGUAGAUUUUAUGUGCCAAAGAUGGGACUGUGUCACGUGAGUAAACUGAAACAUGACUGCUGUGUCGGGUGGAGUUAAACAUGAAGUGAUGCUGUGUUGAUCACAUGUGCUGCAGUUCAUCAGCUGUCAGUCUCUGGACAGACGCGCUGACCUGAGCUGUGUGACAUGAAUAUCAACACGGAUACUUUUAUUUUAACCGGGGAUCAUUUGUGCUUGAUUGUGCAAUAUAAUUCUAUUCUUCAACAUUUCUCUAUGAUGUUCAUGUAAACGUCUCUUUGUCCCGUCUGAUGAUUUUGCCUUUGUUUUUGUUUUGUUUCUCAAUAUUGUUAGGCUCCUAGAACAAAGACAAUGUAAUUAUUUUUGUUACAUAGAAUAAAACACAUGGAUGUCGGGA